AGCAGCAGGGGCGCGCACGAGAACAUGCGCAGGUCUUCACUGCGCUGCUUCCACUUCCUGGAAGAGAGGUCAUAUAAAAUAAACACUUGUGUGGAUCGUCGCUCUCCUGUGGGCGGUGGUCACACCGGGACUGGCUGGAACCGAACACCGAAGAGCUGCGUGUAAAAUAUUCUGUCCAUCAACUGACCCCACUCAGCAGCUUCUAUCAUGUCUUAUCUCAACCAAGACAGCAAUUUGGAGUCAGAUCACUUAGUUGAUUUUUCCCUGAUGAACAGUCGCCUCGACUCGUUCCGUGGCUCCAGCCUGGCCCUGCAGGUGCCAGCAGAGAGGUUGGCCCAGGCUGGCUUCUACUUCACCGGCCAGGCCGACCGUGUCCGCUGUUUCAGCUGUCAACAAACUGUGGAAAACUGGCACAGGGGUGACAGACCUGUUGAGAGGCAUCAAGAGGUCUCCCCAUCAUGCAGGUUUCUCAGCUGCUCCCACCGCACCCACCCCGGCUCCAUCUGCAAUGCAGAGGCAGAAGACAUGGAAUAUCGUUUGAGAACGGGAUCGGUGGUUGAUGAGUCCACCUACCCUAUGGCUCCUCACAUGAGGAGUGAGGAGGCCCGGCUUCAGACCUUCUCUUCUUGGCCGUCUUCUGCACCAGUGCGACCCCAGGAUCUGGCCCAAGCCGGCCUCUACUACUUGGGGGAGAGUGACCGGGUGCAGUGUUUCUGCUGUGGUGGCAUGCUGGGGGGCUGGGAACAGGGGGACACUGCCUGGGGAGAGCAUACCAAACAUUUUUCCUACUGCUUCUUCAUCCUUGGGCACGAUGUGGGCAACGUCCCAUUCCAAGGGGGUAUAGAGGAGGAGAGCAGCAGUAGUCAACACCAACACGCUCACGUCCCUAUGGGCAGUUUUGAGGAGAGGCUUGGUAGUUUCGCAGGUGUCCAGCACCCGAUCGAUCACGACAGACUCGCCAGAGCUGGCUUCCACUACGCAGGGACAGAAGACAGGGUGUUGUGUUUCCGCUGUGGUGGAGGCUUGAAGGGCUGGCAGCCAGAGGAGGACCCUUGGGAAGAGCAUGCAAAACACUACCCUGGAUGCAGCUUCCUUUUGGCAGAAAAGGGUCCAGAAUUUGUCAACAGCAUCCAACUUCAAGACCCACAACGAAAUAGAGCUACUUCAAGUCAUCAGAAUGGAUUUUCUGGAAAUACAAAUGAGGUACUGCGGUCGGCCCUGGCUCAGAAAGCCGUAGAGAUGGGUUUGAAUCCAUGCGAGGUGGAAAAGACGAUCCUGGAGAAGAUCAGACGGACAGGCUCAGGCUACUCCAGCCUGGAAGCCCUUCUGGAGGAUUGCCUCAACAAUUCACCCGAUAGCGAUAAUGCAAAGACAGAGAAGCAAGAUGAAGACCCACUGGAGAAGCUGAUGAAGCUGCAGAGGGAGAAACAGUGUAAAAUAUGUAUGGACAGAGAUAUUUCUAUUGUCUUCAUCCCAUGCGGUCACCUGGUCAGUUGCGACGAGUGUUCAAAGUCACUCAUCAAGUGCCCGAUCUGCUGUGGUGCCAUUUUACAGAAGCUCAAGACCUACAUCUCUUAAGGGAAUUGAAACGCUUGCUGACUUCAAUGCUGCUUUCCCCCUAACUUUGUAAUAUUGUAUUUUAAUAUUAAAUGUAGAUAGCCUGUAAUAUAUUUGAGGACCAUGUUGUCUGUAUGAAUAUGAGAAUGAAAGAACAAGAAAAUGUUUUUGGACAAUCUGAAGUGGUACAUAGCUGUUACUAUUGAGGUGAGAUAAUAGUUAUUGAUUUUCCAUCAUGAAUACUGACGUCUGUAAAUACACACUUAAAUAUAUUUCCCAUAUCAUAACACUCAUUCUUGCCAGAAGUGCCUUUCCAGUAUAAAAGCUUAAAGUACUUGUUUCUAGAUUAUUAUUUUUUUCAUUUCAUUUUGGACAUUGAGCACAAUCGAUUUGAACUUCAGAUGUAAUGUUUCAUACACUUAUACAGCCAGCUCAUUUAUUUAGAUUGGUGUACUUUACCUUCAAGACCUUUAUAUGCUUGCUGCUCUGUUUGGACAUUUCAGGGCAGAUUAGUAAAUCACAACUUUACUCUUACAUUUACAAAAUUAACUGUGGUGAGGGCUUGUGUUGAAUGAGUGUGGUGUGAAAUCAUUUUACCAUUCCACCAUGCAAUCUCCUGUAUCAUCAAGAGUGAAUAAAUUUGUUUGGACUGGA